CGCACUCCAGCUCCGCCAACUACUCGACACCAGCGAGGAGCCAAACACCAGUCGCGGCGCGCUCCAUCGCGCAUCUCAAAUCCUCACCUACUCGCCAUGUUUUCGCCGGAAGCUUCGAUCCAGAGCGCGCGUAGCUCCCUGCGAAAUCCCCGUCGACGCCAACGCAACUCGGAGGGACCCCAGCAGCAACAGCCUCGACGAAAGCGAAGCAAGUUGUCCGACGACACAUACCAUUCGCCGUCAGAUUCGCAGAGCAAAGGCAAUGGCAGCAUGAUAAUGAACGGCAAUGUCGACUCUGGCAGCGUGGACAGCUCGCUGGUCUUGGUGGACAUUCCUGUUCGCGAGAAGAAGACCCCGGCGAAGCGCACGCUGAAAGAGGACGGGUCUUUGUAUCUGACCAGGAAUGAGAAUUAUACCGUGAAGAAGCUCCCCGGCUUCCCGGAGGUCCUCUGCAACGGAUCGACACCAUGUCAAGCAUCUGCUCUUUCUUCCGCCGGUCUUGCGCUCGCCUUGACGUCCGACCACGCCCUCAUGUGGGAUUACCACGCCGUUGCCGGUUCGAAUAGAGUCCUCACGCUACCCCUUCCUCCCGCGUUGAAGGGCGCCGAUCCGCUGCCUCUUGGUGCGGUCGUACGCAAUGGUCCGACAAACGACUUUGGAGUCGUCGCGGUUGCACCCUCCACCGGGAAGAUAGUAUUUUGGGAAAAUGUGGACAGCGCGGAAGCCCGGAGUCACUUCCCGCAGCGCAACCAGGGUGUCGAAGGUUCAGUCAAGCUGUAUUCGGGAGAGCAUAUAACCGGCCUCGUCGAUAUUGACCACGCUGGCUACAUCCUCAUCUUCAGUAGCGGCAGGUUGGCACAGCUGACACUGAGGGACUCGCAAGGUCGACCAAGCAUUACUACAAACAUCCUCAGCGCACCGAAUACCUCCGGUGGGAGCUUCUUCAGCUUCAAAGGACUUCUCGGCGGCGCUAUUCGCAAGACGGUCGCUUCUGUCAAAGCCCGUCCCUCAGAGUCCAAAGGUCAGAUGGAGCUCAUCACGGCAACGAAGGACGGACAGUUUCAGAUGUGGGACAUCAGCUGGUCAGGACAGCAGAUAUACAAGCGCGAGAUCAACGCGCAUACGGACAUACUCUCUGCUGUUCAGCAGGGAACGGCACCGGAGACCCGUUCACAGCACGAUGCCCAUAUACUAGAUUUUGCGAUCAUGGACCGGCAACAUGAACAUCGAGGUGCUAGCCUUCUGGUUCUCGUGGCACUUACAGGGCGAAACAUGCUGGAUCAUUUCCUUCUGGAACUGGAUUUGACGGAUAGCACCUCUACGGUUUCUAGGGCCAUCCCGCUCCGGAAUUUUCACCAAACGGAACUCCCGAAAGAGCCUACCGGUACUUUCCUGCUCCCGAGACCUGGACAUACGGCAUUUGUGCUGCUGCCUGGUGUAAUUGUUGUCGCCUCUCUCGCCGAGCCAGAGGAAAGCCCGGAAGCACAGCUCUUCUCUGACUCGGGAAGGUCAAUACUGCCAUUCCAGGAUGCCAUUUACUUCAGAGAAGACGCUCUUGUGCGAGUUGUCGGACAGGUCCUGGAUCAAACCAACCGGAAGGACCAAGUGUCGAGCGCGUUUCUAUUCGUGCAGGACUACGGCGUUCUCCAAAUCACUGCUGCGCCGCCUCCGAGUACUGAGGAAGAAGGCACGCGACGCAAGGUCACAGCUUUCAGCAAGCUGCUGCAAGCUACUUUCUUCAGCACUAUACCUGGCAACGUCUUGGAUUUCUCCACCAAGUCCAGGUACUCUUUCGGGCAGGCAGACGUGGAAAAGGCAGCCAUCAGUAUCAGCACCCACAUCAUGUCCUCAUCAUUUGAGCAUUUCGAGAACUUCACUACAUCCAUGGACGAGCAGCUUCGCAGGCGAGCUUUCGCUCUUCGGACCUUGAAUGCGCACCUACGAUCACAAUACCCAUCGUUGUCGUUUGCAGGGAGGUGGCAACUGCUGUGGCAUGCCGAAAAGCUCGCCGCAGCACAGCAACUGUGGAAGUGGUAUCAAGACAAACUCCAGGACCAGAAGGCUCAUCCCGACGCUUACCCCGAGAAGGUCCUUAUGGGAGACAUCGUCAAAGCACUGAGCGAAAAGUACAAGACCAAGCCGGACCCGGAAAAAGGCGAGACGGACCCCGUGCGACACUUUUUCGUGAAAGAUCUUGAUUCGCUCGACGUCUUGAUACCCUGGGGAUGGAAUUAUCUGCGGCUAUUCUACAUCAACACCGAAACCAAGGAACGAGCAUCGAUAAUGCAGCGGCUGAGCGAAGCCAACGACGUCAUGCUCGUCACUCUCGAGACGGCCUUCAGCUUCCGACAAACAAACAUCGAUCGCUAUGGUCUUGAGGCGGACUCGCUCCAAGACGGCAUCCUAAAAGCAGGGCACGGCUAUGACAUGCUACCACACUUUUGGACUUCGUCGCACAACAUCGUCGCCUCAAUUCGUAGUCUUGUUGACGUAGGUCGCCAUCUAGCCGAGGAGAGCUUCGAGCAAGGCGUUCAAGAGGACCUCGCUCAGAAGAUCGGCAAGGACAACCCUCGCCUUGUUAGGAUGGGCUGCCAGACUCAUAUCGAGCGAUUUCAAUGGGCUCUCGAGCAAACCGACGAGAAGAGGAGGGAGAUGGGUAAGACGAUGCGCGAUGAAUGGAACAAGAAGGUUCGCCCGGGGCACAUCUACGGGCUCAUGGACAUCGGCUUAGCCACCGAUGGAAUGAAUCUUGCCGAGCAGUAUCGAGAUAUGCCUACCCUUGUCAACCUAAUUUGGGAAGAGUCGCACUAUCUGCAAACCAAUAAAGCGAGCAGCCAAAGCAAGAUGGAGCAGGCCGAGAUCACCGUCAAGCUCAACAGGAUCAACGAGCGCAUAGGCCGCUACUUCGAGAAAUACGGCGAGGAAUGGGCGGAGGCGUACUACAUGAAGCACAUCACCGAGGGCCAAUCACAACAUCUCUUUUUGAAGGAGACCAUAAACCAGGAGGCACUGACAAAAUUUCUCCGCGCUGACCCGUCCCGAGCCAGACUUCGCUGGAUCAACGAAGUCUGCGGACAAAAGAACUAUGACGCCGCCGCAGGCGCUCUGUAUACGGCGGCCAGCAAGCAGGAGACCAACGCGUGGUGUAACAAAGUCGAGCUGUCCAUUGCAAAAUUAGCUCUCCUGUGCAAGAAAGAAGCGAGACCGGAUGCGCCCCAACAAGCCCAGCGGCCAAGGGAACGGCCCAAAGACGAGAAGAGCAGGGAAUUUGCAUUCAAGAAUGUCACGCAGCAACUGGAAUAUGCCAAAAUCCAGGAGCGUGUCUACGAGCGCUUGCGUCCUACGAUUACCGGCGCAUUGGACGACGAGUCUGCGGUGCAAUUGCUCAUGGCUGAAUUCGGACAGGGUCGCCUAGCUGAGCGCCCGGCCUUACAGUCACUCCUCAAACAGGGUUUUGAUGACCUGAUCCACCACCGGGUUAUGGAGCCAGCCCUUCUGAUCGACGUCUUGACUCUCAUGACACAGGAUGAGAUGGUUGAUGCUACGGACAUAGUUCAGACUAACGAGUUUGCUUUCGCUCUGAGGAUUAUGUUCCUCUGCUGGGACAACUUUCAUAGAACGUCUCGCCAGGGUUUGCUGGGCCUCAUCUGGAAGCGUCUGUGCAUUAGAGACAAUUGGGCAGAGAUCAACGACACGAAGGACAUGUCGGACGAAUCGCUGAAUGACUUCUUGUCUCAUACCUACGCGGGCUGGACUUUCAAGGCUCUGAUGAAGAUGAUCGAUGAGGAUCCCUCUCACCGAAAGGUGUGGCCUCUGAAGUUUGAGCAAAUGUACGGGGCCGGAUGCACAGACGGGGAGCUGUGUAUCCGCUUUCCCUCUGAAGAUCUUCGAAAGCCCAUCAUGCGCGACAACACCCUUGACGAGGCUAUCCUCAAGGAAUACGUCGAAAAGCAUAGGCUUGAUGAUUGGUUCCAGGCCGCUUGCAGGGCGGGCAAGCGGGCCUAUGAGGCAUCCAAACACGAAGGCCAGCCGCAGCCGGUCAUGGUGGUGGUCGAGUCGGAUGAUUCAGCCAGCCUGCCAGGAAACGAGCCUCCUUCCGCAGAGGCAGAGCCACCGGCGUCGGAGACAUUCGAGGGCGACGACGAGGCAGACCAGGACGUGGAAAUGCAGGAUUCGUGAUUGAAAGGCGAUGCGGCCACUGAGAUGGCAGAAGCGGCGAUGGGGGCUUUAAUAGGGCAGGGAAGCCUGGCAUCGGAAACAAGCAUUGGGCAUGGCGUUUUAACAAAACAACACAGAGACCAGUCAACGUCUCUUCUUUCGGGCUCUUUUGUACAUUGAACGUUUCUAGCGAUAGGGAAUCCGGCACUCAAUCAGGCCAUCGUAGGCAAGCCCCUGGGGAUCUUCAUUCUCCUAUCUAUGUGUAAGGACGGAAUUGGCGGCGUGUCGGGCGCGACCACGAUGAUCAUUCAUCUUUUUUCCGGGCGGAAAGCGGAAAGCUUGGGCCUCGAUGUGGCGCAAGCGAGAGGUGGUGAUAGGCGGUGUAAUGAGAUUCGCU